AUGAAAUCGAACAGUCCAAUGCUAUCAAUUGACAAGAUCCUUGAGUCUGCGGAUAGCACUUGCUCUUCUAUUUUUACUCAAUCCAACAACUGUCAGAUCCCUAGUGACACUACGAUUCCUAUAUAUACCAAAGAAUGCGAUAUUUAUGCUAAACAUGAGAGAUACAACGAUAUUAUGGAAAUGCAAAGAGAGAUGAAAGAUCAAAUAACUUUUAAAACUGAACAAAAGCGCCUUUAUCGUUGGAGAACAAGAAGCAAAUCACAUGUUUUAGGGCCAGCAAGAAGGUCAACUCAGGCUUUGAACAAAACAACAGCAAAGAGUCAUCUUUCCGACUUGGAAAACAUUAAUGAACCUAAGAGAGAAUCUAUACUUGGGGAGGAAACUGGCUUGAAGGAAACGGAGCUUGGUGAACUUAAUCCCUUUCAAUAUUUGAAAAAGAAUAACCUUCCUACUAAAGAAUUGAGUCGUUUAACAAAAUUAUACUGUAACAGGAAACUAGAUGAAACAAGAAGUAAAAAAACCCAGGCAAUUGAUGCACACGAGAUGAACUCCAGUUCUGACCAACUUGAAAAGAGACAAAGGAAAGUUACCACAACCACAAGAUCAAUAUAUGACAAGAAUCGCAUCAUUCCAAGCAAUGUCAAGAACAGACUGAAAAAGGGAACUUCUGGUAAAUUACAAAGUGGAAGGAUCCAUCAGCCUUACCACCUUUCUGUAAGGAACGAACAGAAGGCAUUAUCUCAGUGUCAACAGGAAAUGCCAACUGCAAAUGAACAAGCUAAACUCAUUUCAAAGAAACUUGUUUCCGAAAGGGUCGAUUAUUUAAUUAGGGAUUAUAAUAGUAAGAUCCAAAAUAAGAAACACCAAACCAUUCCAAAAAUAGAGGCCCCUGUUCCUCAGAGUGUUCCCAGCCAGGCUAAUUUAAUGUCAAAGCAAUGGAGUCGUAUUACCGACGAAGAACUUAGUAUCGUCGAGUUAUUAGGAAAGGGCGGGUCGUCUAAGGUAUAUAAGGUUCAGGACAGAACUGGUAAAUAUUAUGCCUUAAAACAAAUCUUACUAGAGGAGCUUGAUGAAAAUUUGAAAACUGAUCUCGAAAGAGAGAUUGAAUUGUUGAAGAGAUUGGCAAGAGAAGAAAGAGUGGUCAAAUUAAUAGAGUACAAAAUUGAUGACCGAAUGGUGCAAGUCUUAAUGGAAUGCGGAAACUUUGAUUUAUCUCAUGUAUUACAUGAAAGAGUCAAUAGACCAUUUGAUAUUAAUUUUGUUCGUCUUAUGUCCAAAGAAAUGAUUGAAUGUAUCAAAGCAGUCCACGAUUCAGACAUAGUUCAUUCUGAUUUAAAACCUGCCAAUUUUAUUUUUGUAAAAGGUACAUUAAAACUUAUUGAUUUUGGAAUUGCAAACAAAAUUGCCGAUAAUACACUAAAUGUAUAUCGUAAUACGCAGAUGGGUACACCUAACUACAUGGCACCUGAGACAUUGAUCUCCCAAAACUAUUCAAACAAUAAUAAUAACCUUCUAUGGAAAAUUGGAAAACCUUCGGAUAUCUGGUCAUAUGGUUGCAUUCUUUACCAGAUGACAUACGGACAUCCACCGUAUAGUUCGUUUUUGGGGCAUGAUCGUCUUUUAGCUAUUAUGAAUCCUAAUAUUCAAAUCGAUUAUCCUAAUGAAUCUCCAUGCGGAAAGAAGGUUCCACAAUCCUUAGUAGCCCUUAUUAAAACAUGCCUAAAUCGGGACCCUCAAUUAAGAGCAACAACAGAUGAAAUUCAACAUUGUUCAUUUUUUAACCCUAUGAUUAUUUCAAAGCCAUUUUUAGAAAGUUUGAUAGACAAUGCUAUCAAUUAUGGAAUUGAGAAUCAAAAUAUAACGCAAGACCGAAUUAAACUACUGUCGAACGAAGUUGUAUCAAAGCUAUCAACCCUGAAUCUUUAG